AUAUUGCGCUAUGCGCAAAUACCUACAAAAAUACUUUGAAUCAAAAUUGAUAAUUUACUAAAAAAAUGAAUUGUAAUCAUAAAAAAUUCGAAUUAAAAACAUUCAGUCAUAUUCAAGAUUCAUAUUAUGUUUGUUUAUACCUGAAAAAAUGUUUGUUUUACAAAUAGCCAAUCGAAUAACGAGAAGUACAAAUAUGCUCUGAAACAUUCAGGAAUAAGUAACAAAAGUCAUUAAGUACAUAUCAUGAUAUAUAUAAAAAAUUUAAAGCAUAACAAACAAAUUUGGAAAAAUAAGUCAUUAAUCCCAGAAUUUUUAAAGACAAAUAAUUCAAUACUAAUCAAAAAUAAAACGAGGCCAAUAAAUGAGCGUACGGGACCAAUUGAAAAGGAAGAAUGAUAUCAAAAAGGAAGCACAAAAUCAAUUGAACGGGAAGAACCUAAUCAAUCAAGCUAAGUCACUUGGAAGCAAAUAACACAAACUAAAUAUAAGUGAAAAGCACGAUUAAGGAAAAAAAGUACAAAACUAAUAUUAGACAAGACAAACUUUACAAAAAAAAAGUUAUAAUAAUUGAAUAAGGUAAGAGAAUUCAAUUAUAAAGAAAUAUAAAUUCUGUGGAAAAUAAGGAUAAAGACCUAUAGACUUCAACAUUAGCAAUUAGUACCACAGCUCUUUUAUUCUCAAAGUAAUAUUCACCUGCAUUCUUUACACUGACAAAGAAGUUCAAUAUGCUUUGUCUUUUAUAAGUGAAAUGAAUCAGGUUCUUGUUAUAUUUUAUUUUUCAAUCCAUCAAUUUUAGACCCAACAAUUACCAACUUUCUGUAUCAGUGAAGGUACUUAAAAAUUGGGUUUCUUCAUGAUCAAUCAAAUCUAGAAGUACAAAUAUAUCUAUAUUUUCAAUUUCAGUAACGUCUUCACCAGAAAUCAAACUCUUUGUUUUUGAGUUCUGAUGUGUUUGUGCUAAAUGCUUUGAUCCAUAUAUUGAAUCCUGUGAUCCCCAUUCCUCAAAAGCUUCUUCUCCAUCAAAGAAUAUUAAUUUUAAAUUUAAAUCAUUUGACUGAAUUGAUUUCAAUUCUUUAUCCAUGACUUUUAUCAGAUUCAAUAUCAUAGCACAUACAAAACAACAAUUAUAUAUAUUAUAUUAUCAGGAAAUCUAAUACCUAAUAUGCAAAAAUGAUAGAACUGUUUUCCUAUGGUUUCAAGCUACCUUUAGAAAACAAUCCCCAAACAUAGAUAACCUCUAUGACCUUUAAAUCUAUAUUCUACAAACUUUUGGGGUUUUAGGAAAAUAUAAAUGAGUUAACCCCCAGAUCAAUCGUCAACUCUAUUAUGAUCUAAACGUUCGGAAAGUAAUCUGAAUCACAAAUUCACUGUUGUUCGGGAACUGCACGAUCUUCGUCAUAGAUCAACCGUAAGACCGUGACCCAGGAUCCUAUGGAUGGUUAUAUGAGUUAUGGCUACUACUACCUUAUGUUUGGAUUAAAUAUAUUUAUUUUCAUUGCCACUUUAUGAUCUAUAAAAUUGUUUAUUCUAUCAUCUCUAAUAAAAACUAGAAAAUAAAAAAAAUUCUAAUAAUUCUUUGAAUUUAUUGAAAUUAUGCUUGAUUUUUAUAAGCUACAGAGAGGCGAGCAGUAGUCAUAUCCAAGGUGGAAAAAGUAAAUAUAAAAAUAGUUGAGGUUAAAUAUGUGUUUUUAUGUACGUCUUAGCUUCAAGAAAUCAUAAGUAAAUAAAUCAUUUAAACAUAAAUUUAAAUUAACGAUUAUGGAUUUAGAUUUUGCUAACAACGAUGUGUUGGACCAGUAUAUAACAAUAUCAAAUAAAUUGAAAAAACGAUUUCUUAAAAAACCAAAUGUUGCAGAAGCUUGCGAAUCUUUUAUUGGCUUAGCUAAACGGUGUGAAACUUUGGAGUUACCUGUGUAUGCAGGCUUGAGUUGGAUAGCUGCAGCCAGAUGUGAAGGAUCUUUAUGUAAUAACACUGGUGAAACAACAUGUUUGACUCAAUCCGCUCGUCAGUUAUUAAAAGCUGAAGAUAGUGAUAGACAAAUCAUUUGUGAAACAUUGUUUGGUGAAAACUUACAAGCUGGUUUAAGCUGUUAUGCUCAUGCUGCAAGUAGAUUUGGAGAGAAAAGUAUUUUUCCUUUGUGUAUAGAUUUAGAAAUUGUUGACUUUCUGAAAAGAAUUGAUAAAAUAGAAUAUAUUGAGAGUUAUCUGAAAGAUGCUAUUGAACUAAGUAAAAGUCAUAGUUAUUCAAAUAUUCAUUGCUUAGAACUGAUAGCUUCUCAUUUUAUAAAAGUUGGUGAUUAUUUGGCAGCACUGGAAACAUUCUUUGAAAUCUCUAAAUUAAUCGAAAAUUCUUUAGUGAGUGGUUCCAAAUCGGAUAAAUUAUUGACAUGUGAAAUAAACUGUGUUUUCUUAUUGCUAAUUCUUCGACCAAGUCCACAAAAAUUGACACCGAACUUAACUAAAAUCUUGGAGAAAUAUACUUGGGAUGAUUUCAAUGAUGGAAGUCUAACAGCUUGCAGGAUGUCCGAAAGUAUGUUCUACCUUCUUAGAUCACUAGUAACAGUUUGCCAGUCAUUGGAUAGGAGUAAUUUAAUAGAUUUGGAAACAGAUUUUUGGAAAGUCUUAUCAAAAGAACAAAAGGAACUCUUGAGGAUCUUGUUGAAAAUAUAUGAUGUAUGAAUGUGUAUUUAUUUGACUUGUAAAUUGAAUGCAUCAUACAAAGUCUAAGUUGGGACCAACAAAUGAAAUGAAAAUUUGAAAAAAUUGACAAAUUCUUUAUUAAAAGAAAUAUACAAAUUUCAAUUUUACAAAUUAUAAAAAAAUGUACCACACAACACUAUAAACGUAUGAAUUUUAAUGUUGACUGCAAAAAUAUUUUCACGUUUCUAAUAAAACUGUUUUAAAAAUCCAAUAAAUUUCAAUUAAAUUUUCAUGUUGAUAUGUGUACACACUAUGUUAUUAUUAGUUUCAAAUGUACACUCCCCAGCAAAAAUGAAAAUUAAAUGGAUCCACAUAUAAAAAUUAAAUUGCGAAAUUAGUUCUGCAAUAACAGAAAUAAAGAGAAGACACAUUCAUGAAAUAUGGUAAAGAUUUUUUGUACUGAUCAGAUUUUGAGUGCGUUCAUAAAUAUAGUAAAGUGACUCUUAUUUACGAUCAAUAUUAUAUCUUAAAUUAUGUGCAACCAAAGGAAUUCAUAUUGCUCACAAUUUAUAUUUCAACUUACCUUAAGUUGUACUCUAACCUAUUUAAAGUUUAUGAAGGUUUUGGUAAUAACGUACAUUAUACAAAUAAAAAAAAUUUUGAUAGAAAUAAAAUAUUUUUUGUGGUUAUUGCUUAGAAAAGUUGCAAUUUUCAUAGUUUUUUUUUUAAAUUGUGUAGGACAGAGAUGAUUGAUAUUACAGUACUCUAUUAUGUAUCAGUAGAGCAACCUAUCAAAAUUAUCACAUUUUAAACAAACUAUUUUCCGUAAAAAUUUGAAUAAGUUACAUUUUACUCGCACCAAUUAAAUGAGAAAACAGGGAAAACUACUAUGAUGAAAUAGAAUAUUUCUUUUGUUCAAAUUAUACAAUUAAAUAUUUAAAUCCCUUUUAAAAGCAAUAAAGUUAUUUUUAUACUUUUUUCAAAUCAUCUUCUGUGAUAUAACACAAACGAAAAGCGACACUUACAAACAAUUUAUAUUAAAAAUUUGACAGUAGAAAACUUUUGUUGGUGGUACUCUAUAAAAUAAAAAUAUAUUCAUUCCAUUCAACAAAAUAAUAUAAAAUUGUACAUUGAAAUAAUCUUAGUUUCAUAUUGAUAUAAUUUGGAGGUACAGAAUAUCUGGAGUCUGGAAUCUUCAAGAGUGUACCUAAUAUAAAUCAUGAAAAUUAAUUAUUAUAAUACUGAGCUAUUAUUAAUCAUAUUCAAUUUUUUUUUAUUUUUAUAUAUAAAAUAAUAUUAACCUACGAUGUUAUGGUAGUUUUUAUGUUUGCUAUUCUUAAUUUCGAAUGGUUUUGCGGGUUGAGGACUCAAAAUAAAACUGUCGGAGGAAUUUUUUAUAAUGCCAACGUUUCUAUAUUUUAUUUGAUCUUUGUCAAGACUAAAAAUAUAUGGUACAUUAUAACUCAAACGUUGAUGAAGAUAAACAAAUAAUAAAAAUUGUGAAUUAGAUUAAUUAGAUAUGAUUAGAAGUAAAAUAAUAAUCAGGUAAAUAACAAUAAAAAAAUCUAUAUAUUAAAUAUAAAUAAAUAUAUAUUUUUAGC